AUGGAUAAACCCUUUGGCAAGUUCAUCCGGUCGAAACUAUUUACCUUCCACAUUGGACCCGAAAAGGUUCCUUUCGUGGUAAAUUCCGAGGCCAUAGCGAAACAAUCUUCUGCUCUCGGUGCUCUGGUCAAUAGCAACAUGAUGGAGGCUCACUCCAGGACUGUAGCAUGGCCAGAUGUGGACGAAGAUACCUUUGUUCGGUUCUGUGAAUUCUGCUAUUUGGACGACUAUUCUCCGCCUAGUUGUGCGUGUGAUAUCAAGCAGCCGGUUGAAACUGGUGAGACUGAAGCUUCGCCGGCUGCUGCCCUAAUGAUACCAAAGCCAGAGCCAGAACUAGAGAUAGCUUUGUCUAGUACUGGUAGAUCAAAGAAGGGGAAAAAAAAGUCUGGCUCUCAGAAAGCCCCGCCUCUUGAUGAUUGGACACAGUUUUUUGAAGAGGAGAAAAUGUCCGAUAAUCUCCCGAGAGACGAAGACUACCCGUUUCCUGAAAUGAAAGGAAAGGAGCUCGACAAUCUCCUGAGAGACAAGGACUACCCGCUCCCCGAAAGAUGCUCACGGUUCACCGAACAAUUCAAACCUUUCUCCAAUGUCACUGAAGAUCAAGACUUUAGCCCCGUUUUCCUUGGGCAUGCUCGACUAUACGUGAUAGCGGACAAAUACUGCAUCGAGACCUUGAAAGAUCUAGUGCUGUACAAGCUCUACACGACGCUAAAGGGCUUUACCCUCUUCAAGAAACGGAUUGGAGACCUCAUCAAGCUGAUCAGAUUUAUAUACCACGACGGCAACACACGGGGACAGACCAAGGUGCUAGAUCCCCUGAGGAAGUUGGUGACACUCUACGCAGCAACUAAGCUCAACGACAUCGCUUUAGAUGCGCUGUUUCUUGAAAUCCUCGAGGAUGGAGGCGAAUUCGUUGUUGAUUUCUGGAAGCUGAAUUGGCAAAAGCGAGCCCGGCUGCCCUGGGCUGGCUUGUAG